UUUUCCAAAAUGAAGAAAUUUAAUUUCCGCAAAGUUUUGGAUGGUUUAACUGCCUCAUCUCCUGGUGGCAGUAGCAGUGGUGGCAGUAGCAGUGGUGGUGGAAUUGGGGCUGGAAGUGGAUCCGUGCAUCCAGGAGGGACUGCAGGUGCUGCAGGGACACCCAGAGAUGAGAUCCAGGAAAUCCUAUCUUCGGAUUAUUUCCAGAUUUGUAAGACGGUUCGCCAUGGUUUUCCUUAUUUGCCCACUGCCUUAGCUUUUGACCCAGUUCAGAAAAUUCUGGCUGUGGGGACAAGAACAGGAGCCAUACGAAUACUGGGCAGACCUGGUGUUGAUUGCUACUGCCAACACGAAAGUGGUGCCGCGGUACUGCAGCUCCAGUUCUUAAUCAAUGAGGGUGCCUUGGUCAGUGCGAGUGCAGAUGACACACUUCAUUUGUGGAACCUAAGACAGAAACGGCCGGCUAUUCUUCAUUCUCUGAAAUUUAACAGAGAACGGAUUACUUACUGCCAUCUACCUUUCCAAAGUAAAUGGCUCUACGUUGGAACAGAGAGGGGAAAUACACAUAUUGUAAAUAUUGAGUCCUUCAUUCUUUCUGGAUACGUAAUCAUGUGGAACAAGGCAAUAGAACUAUCCACAAAGACUCACCCUGGCCCAGUUGUACACCUAAGUGAUAGCCCAAGAGAUGAGGGAAAACUAUUAAUAGGCUAUGAAAAUGGGACGGUAGUACUCUGGGACUUGCGAUCAAAAAGAGCAGAUUUAAGAGUUUACUAUGAUGAGGCUAUUCAUUCUGUAGACUGGCAUCAUGAGGGGAAGCAGUUCAUGUGCAGUCACUCUGAUGGCAGCUUGACUCUGUGGAACUUGAAAAGUCCUAGCAGACCAUUUCAGAUAACAAUCCCACAUGGAAAAAUUCAAAGAGAUGGGAAAAAACCUGAGUCUUGUAAACCAAUUCUUAAAGUAGAGUACAAGACAUGUAAAAGCAGUGAACCAUUUAUAAUCUUUUCUGGUGGACUGUCCUAUGACAAAGCUUGUCGAAGACCAAGUCUAACCAUCAUGCAUGGAAAAGCUAUUACGGUGCUUGAAAUGGAUCACCCUAUAGUUGACUUUUUAACUCUUUGUGAAACACCAUAUCCAAAUGAAUUUCAAGAACCCUAUGCUGUAGUUGUACUAUUGGAAAAAGAUCUCAUUGUUGUUGACCUAACACAAAGCAAUUUUCCAAUCUUUGAAAAUCCUUAUCCCAUUGACAUUCAUGAGUCACCAGUUACCUGCACAGAAUAUUUUGCUGACUGUCCUCCAGAUUUGAUUCCCGUAUUGUAUUCUGUAGGAGCUAAACAUAAAAAGCAAGGAUACAGCAAUAAGGAAUGGCCAAUCAGUGGGGGAGCAUGGAACCUAGGAACACAGACAUAUCCUGAAAUUAUUAUUACAGGUCAUGCAGACGGAUCGAUAAAGUUUUGGGAUGCCUCUGCCAUAACUCUACAGAUGUUGUACAAGUUAAAAACCUCAAAAGUGUUUGAAAAACAGAAGCUAGGGGAAGGAAAACCAACAGCUGAGAUUGUAGAAGAAGAUCCUUUUGCCAUUCAGAUGAUGUACUGGUGCCCUGAAAGCCGAAUAUUCUGUGUGGCGGGAGUCUCUGCAUAUGUUAUUGUUUACAGAUUCAGCAAACACGAAGUGAAUACUGAAAUAGUGUCAUUAGAGGUGCGACUUCAGUAUGAUGUAGAAGAUAUCAUUACUCCUGAACCAGAAAUAAUUCCUCCGUUUCCUGAUGCCUCAUCCCAACUUCCUUCCUUAAAGAGCCUUUCAGGCAGUACCAACACUGUGGCAUGUGAAGGAACGAUGAAGGACAGUAUCCCAUGUCUUAGUGUUAAGACUCGACCUGUGCGAAUGCCUCCUGGAUACCAAGCAGAACUUGUUAUUCAGUUGGUGUGGGUGGAUGGUGAGCCUCCACAACAAAUCACCAGUCUGGCCGUAAACUCAGCCUAUGAACUCGUUGCAUUUGGGAACUGCAACGGUUUGGCUGUUGUGGAUUUUAUGCAGAAGACAGUAUUGCUGAGCAUGGGAACCAUUGACCUCUACGGAUCAAGUGAUCCAUACCAGCGUCAGCCCCGUUCUCCACGCAAAAACAAGCAGUUCACUGCAGACAACUUUUGCAUGCGUGGCCUGUCUAACUUUUAUCCAGAUUUAACGAAACGGAUCCGUACUUCCUAUCAGAGCCUGACUGAACUCACUGACAGUCCAGUUUCCCUGGAGCUAGAGCGUUGCAAGUCUCCCACUUCAGAUCAUGUAAAUGGGCACUGUACAAGCCCAACCUCCCAGACUUGCAGCUCUGGAAAACGGCUUUCUAGCGCAGAUGUUACAAAAUCAAAUCGCCGAGGGCCUGGGAGGCCCCCAUUUAGAAAAGCACAGUCUGCGGCUUGCAUGGAGAUAUCCCUUCCAGUCACAACAGAAGAAAACCGGGAAAACACCUUCAGCCGUUCCCGAAGCUCCAGUGUCUCCAGCAUCGACAAGGAGUCCAAGGAAGCAAUUACAGCUCUGUACUUUAUGGAGACCUUUUCACGGAAGAAUGACUCUACGGUCUCCCCCUGUCUGUGGGUUGGAACAGGCCUUGGUAUGGUUUUAAUCAUCUCCCUUAAUCUGCCUGCUACUGAGGAAUUAAGGCAGACAGAACCAGUCAUGGUGUCUCCAAGUGGUACAGUUCUGACACUGAAGGGAGCAGUGCUGACUUUUUCAUGCCUGGACUGCAUGGGAGCAUUGAUACAUCCACCCUAUGAAGUAUGGAGGGACCCAAACAGCAUAGAUGACAGUGAAAAAACGAGAAAAAGGAAACUUGUCAUGUAUUCUCCUUCGUCCUCCCAGGAUAUGGGAGAUCAUCAGUUUGCUGUCAUCUGCUCAGAAAAACAAGCCAAAGUUUUCUCACUGCCUUCCCAGACAUGCCUCUAUGUUCACAACAUCACAGAAACGUCCUUUCUAUUGCGAGCAGAUGUGGUGACCCUGUGUAACAGCAUCUGCCUGGCUUGCUUUUGUGCCAAUGGGCAUAUCAUGACAAUGAGCUUGCCCAGCCUUCGCCCAAUGCUGGAUGUCAACUAUUUGCCAGUAACAGACAUGAGGAUAGCACGGACAUUUUGUUUCACCAAUGAAGGGCAAGCUUUGUAUCUCAGCUCUCCCACGGAGAUCCAGCGACUGACAUACAGCCAGGAGAUGUGUGACAAUCUACAGGACAUGCUUGGGGAUUUGUUUACCCCAGUGGAAACACCAGAAGCCCAGAACAGAGGCUUUCUCAAGGGGCUGUUUGGAGGAAGCGGGCAGACCUUUGACAGAGAAGAGCUGUUUGGCGAGGCUUCAGCAGGAAAAGCCUCUCGGAGUCUGGCUCAGCACAUCCCUGGCUCAGGUGGAAUUGAGGGUAUGAAAGGAGCUGCAGGAGGGGUAAUCGGAGACUUGGCUCGUGCGCGCCUCGCCCUUGAUGAGAGAGGACAGAGACUGGGAGAACUGGAUGAAAAGACUGCAAGCAUGAUGGCUAGUGCAGAGGCAUUUUCCAAACAUGCACAUGAGUUGAUGCUGAAAUAUAAGGACAAGAAAUGGUACCAGUUUUAGACUUCUAAAGAAGCUGCUUGGCUUUGAUGAGAACACUAUUCAGGGAAGCGGAACUUAUUCCCAACACUACCAAUCACUGGCCAGAAACAAAACUUUCUCCUAGGAAAUGUUUUCCUGUUAUUUGUUUGGAUUCACCACAAGCGGGAAGUCAAGGAGAAGUUUUAUAUCCCACAAAAUGGAGCCUAGACUUGUACUGGUCUUUUAGUCAAAAUACCUGGCUUAUGGUGUAGUAAAUCUUUUUCCAAAAGCAACUGAACAGUCACAUUGGCAUGUAGCUUUUUUCAGAAGCUCUAGGAAUGAACUGUGGAGAGUGUCUCUGGUUAAAAAUAUCCUGUACAAACCUAGAAUGUUAAUGCACUUAUUAAAAAAAAUGAAUACAAUUUUGCAUGACCAAUUGACAUCUUAAAAAGAAAGCAUGUUGUGACCGAAGAAAAAGGGAUUUAUUUCUAUGCUGAGCAAAAAAUAUUUAAAAACAGCAAAAAUCUUUAUUUUUAAAAACUACACUACAAACAGCCAGUACAUUUCAAGCAUGGCUGCUGCUACUCUGGACAGAAAAAUUAGAUGAGCUGCAUUUUCUUAUUUGCUGCUAGUUCUUUUCCUUAUAAAAUCUUAGGUUGAAAUCAUCAGUGCUAUUUAAUUCCUAUCCAAAGAAUAAACUAACAUCCAAAUCCAAUCCAAAUGCUUUAUUUAGUGUUUGUGAAGGAGCCAGUUGGGAUGUCACCUAAGUGAGAGUAGAGGGUGUCUUUACAAUCCAAAGAGUGCAGGAAACACCUUCCAUAAAUACUAAUUUUCUGAAAGCAUCCUUUGAAGGGGCUGUGAUAACAUUUGUCACCCCAGAAGUGUCUGCAUCACUUGGUUGCCUUGUUUUUUCAAUAUUAGAAGCUGAAGAGAAGGUGAGUCAGUAAUUUAUUGAAUUAAACUGAAGAAAGUAGAGGGCCCAGUGGAUCAAGCUGGUAAAUCCCCUCAAGUCAGUGACUUCAGCAGCUUGCAGGAAAGAGUUGCACUGAAGUGAUGCUAAGCAAAUUGCACAGUAACCCAAUUUAAAGCUGGCUGGCUGAAGAUCACACCAGCAACAGGUUUGAGCUGCAAAGCCCAGCAGAUGUAAUUUUAUAUAGACCAGUUUCUCCACUGUCUUGCCUGGUGUAUUACCACUUACAACCUGUGCAAAACACUGCCACAGAGAUGAGUGAGUGGAGAAUUCAGGAGCACAUUAUAUCUACUUUGCACAAGUGUAAAUGCCCACACAAGGUGCAAGGUACUGGUGAAAUAGGCUGUUCAUAUCAGUAAAGCUGCUGCCAGACCUCAACUGCUGCCACGGGGCUUUAUGUGGUUUCCAUUAUGGGCUUUUAAUUUUCUUCAUUUUGCAGAUACUGUCAGAUUCUUUUCCACAACAGUUUAUCAUGAUGUAUUUGCCUGAACAGCAUUCACAUUACAUAACAGUCAAUUUCCUUCCCCAGCUCAGUUUUACUCCUCUGCAUCAGCAUAAUUUCCAAAGUAACCAACUGUGAAGUCAGAUGGAUUCUAAAAUUGACUUGGGAACAAGGUGCCAAGGUCAUGUUUGCCAGCAAGUAUGCACAAGUACAAACUAGGGAGAGAGAGAGACGGAGACACUUUGUAUCAGGAGAAUUCACUGAAGGAAAAUGGUCUGAGAAAGCAGCUGCAGCUAGUGACCUCCCAAAUAGCCAUGGCCAUCAGAUUUGCUUUAACUUCCUACGUUUGUAUCAUGACAGUUUAAUGCACACUCUGGACCACAAGACACUGCUCUGGAUUCUGCAUUUCCAUGGAAAGCACUGCUAACUCUCACUCAGUCGCUCUCUCGGCUAUUCCUUUCUCAUAUCUUCCCUGUUUUUAGUGGGGGGUGGGUGCUCACUGGCAAAAACACCUAUUGUAUAUUUAAUUCAGCUCAAUUUUAGAUAUAGGUUUUGGACUCAGAAGUCUGGCAUCACAAGCUGUGUGAAUUAAGGCUAUGGCACAAGUUUGAGGCGUCAUUAAGGUUACACUGUUAUGGCUCAAUAUGAAUUUUGUGCUAUUCAGAAUGUUUAAAUUUUGCUGCGGGCAAGGUUAAAAUGACAGCUUUGACCAUUAUAGUCCAGUUCUAGGCCUCUAAAUAGCCUUAGGGCUAAUCCAGCCCCUGUGUGAAUUGCAUGUUUACUCUACAUGUACUCUGGCCUAUAGUUAGUUUAAAUCACUAAUCUUGUGGGCAGUUCAGCUUUACAAACACCUUAGAGAGGAUAUGUUCCCUAAUUUAGCUGCAAGACUAGAGAAGGUAUUUAAAUGGUCACUGGAUUAGGCUCAGACCAAACAGGUAAAGAUUCAGCAGGGAAAUCAUUCUACCAGGCACAUGAGUUCGUUCUGUAACUUACUGCACCUGUUUCUAUACUAAUAUAACCGGUAUGAAAAGGAUAUUCCUGGUUCAAGUGUGAUGCCAUGUACACCUCCUCUACUGGCUACACUGGGAGUUUCCAUUGCAAUUCAAUGACAUGUUGCAGUAUCCAUAGAUGUAUCACACAUAACUGUGUGGGCAGACUAGUGGAAAGCUUGGUGAGUGAUUAGGAUGGUACUAGUUCUGUGGUGUAUAGAAAUUCUCGGCUUGCUAUUCCGCUUUUAGGCAGAGGUGUUGCUCUAACAUCAGUUCAGGGACCUCUGAUCCUGAAUGAAAUGGGAGCCUCCUUAGGCAGAUGCUAGAGCUCACUCUGUCAUGAAGCAGUUGCACAAAUCAGUUUGAACAGCUACAGCCUGCGUGAGGGAAAUGUGCCUCCAGUAGGUCAUUUACAUUACACUUGCUCUAUCAACAGUCUCUAACUUAACACCACGCUGUAUCAGUGGGAAAGCCAGCCAGUAGCUUUCAAUUUGCCUCUUUACUUCACAAAAGAAGAAGAAUUUAGAUUCCCCAAACAUACAAUUUUGAAUGUUUAAAUCCUUCAUCUUUUUCUCUAGAAAAACUCCCCAGGAGGUCACAACUGUAUCUUCCUUUCAUCUAUGGCAUAUUGUACAUCUUUUCAGAAAGUUACAAAUUCCUGUUUCUGUAAUGUUCAGCUUUUGUGACUAU